AUGGCGUUGACUGCCGACGCGCUCGAGGCCAUUUCCUCCAUGGUGGAGCAGGCCAGUGAGGGCCGCAUGGUUCAGACGAUGGGGGCCUUGUUCACUUACCUCGAGGACAAGCAGCUGAUGUGGCGUCAGCGAGUGAGCCCUAGAUUCGUGCAUUGCCAUCCCGCAAAUCGCGACGGCUACGGCCUGAACGCUAUGGAUUGUCACUCUCUGCUGCGUGAUAUCUCCGCCUGCGGGUGGAAUUGGGCGCAAGUAGACGCCAUGGCGUGCGAGGUGCCGGGGUCAGGCCCCGCGCACGACUCCGUGCUGGAGUUCAACGUAGCGCAGCAGCUCGGCUCGGGCGGCCUCCUGCCGACAGUCGAGCCACACACCAUCAAACUGGCCUCGCUGAGUUGCAGCCACACCAACAUGGCCCUGCGGUUGAUCCUCGCUGAGAUGGCCCACGAGUCUGACUCGCUCUGUCUGAACGGGCGCCUCAACCUGGAGAGGGUGCGCCAACACGACGCGCAGCUGUACGAGGCCUCGCAGAGUGGCCUGCAGUGGAGAGUGAUUUGUGCAGACGUCAUGCAAGCGGUGCCUAAGUUGGCCAGCCUUGUCCAAGAGGCACUGAACGCUGGCGGGCAACUCCAGCGGCGCGAGCACGAGCUCCAGCUGGCCCGCCGCAUUUUGAACACGUGGCGGGAAGCGUCGGCUGGUAGGAAGGAGCCGGUGGCCUUCGCGGAAAUCCGAGACAGGGUUCUCCGGAGCAAACCGCCAUGCGCCCCGUGUUUGCCACACAUGUACGGGUUCCUGAUGAGAUGGGGUGGUGGCCCAUCGGGCUCGGCAAUGGUCGAGACGGAGUCCGUGAUCAAGCAGUUUGGCUCCUCCACCGAAAGAUCGCUCGGCCCAGAGUUUUGGGACGCCAUCGGGGCAAACCUCAAGAAGGGGGAGGAUGGCCUCCGCUUCAGGCACGCGCUUCUGAGGCUUGCGUACCUGUCCCCUGAGAAGUUCAUUGUUCCAGCUGACUGCAAACGCAUGUGCAGUGCCAACAUGCUGCAGCCAGUCCUUCACGUGGAAGGCAUCAUGCAAGAGAUGCGAGCGCUGGCAUCCACAGCUGCCAACAAAGAUGCCAUCAUGCAGGAAGUCUUCAAGUUUGAGAUGGCUGCUGUGGCCGUGACGCUUGACAAGCGGUUCAAGGGCAUGCAGAGGCCUGCCACUGUGGAGGCUUGUGCGCAAGAGACCAUUGACUUGAUCGCCAAGGAGCAUGGCGUUGUGCUAACCAAGAAAUGGGAGUCUCACAGGGAGACCGGCGUGGUCUCUACGGCUGCCAGCUCCAGCGGACAGAUGAGGCACUACGAUGCGUCGGGCAAGCCUGCCCAUCCGGACGAGCUUUUGCUGGAAUAUGGUUUCAAAGUGGGGGAUUGGGCCUGCCGCAAAGCAGACAAGGUUGUUGCCGUCAUCACAGGAGCUAAGCCGGAUGGAUCCAUCCUCAUCUCAAUCAACGACGGCCUCAUCCAUGGCUCUGCAAGGGUUUCGUUAAAGUCCUUUGCUGCAGGGGAAUGGGUCAAGCAUACACCCAAGGCCCAGCCCCAGGAGCUUGCCAACCACUGGGAGCACGCAUGCCUCAAUCACCCGGACUUUCAGGCCGCCGUUUUGCGGGGGAAGGUGAUGCUGGAGCUUGAACGCCUGAGCAGGGACCACAAGGAAGUUCCAGAAAGCCUCAAGAUGGUAUUGAAGCCCAGCAAGGCCAUUAUCUCCAACCGUCACUUCCCAAAGGGGCAGCUGGUGUUGGUGCCAGCCACCACUAGGGUGGAAGUGAAAGAAGAGUCUCGUGGUCACAGCGCAGCCAACAUCCCACUAGGGAAGCGACUUGACGGUGAGAAGCUCAUGUGGUCCCUUGCGCCAGUCACAUCGGUCCCAAAGGAUUCCAAGCAGGGACUGUUGGACAGCUUCUGGUUCGUUCAGGUGACGAACGACGCAGAGGCUGCAAACAUGGCCAUUUCCCCAGACCUCGACGGCGAAGAGCUGGCCAUUUCGCAGGGCCAGGUCAACAUUCCACUCAUGAAGAAUACGGUCAGCAUCGUGCCGGGCACGGCUCUCAUGGUCUUGCGUCCCAAGUCCGCGAAGCUGGUGGAGCUCGCGGAGAUCUUGCCAGAAGCUCCUCCAAAAAAGCGCAAGGUGGGCAAGCAGAACGACGAUCUCUGA